AUGCCGCGCGAGGCCGAACCUUCCCUCAACGAGAAAGCCUUUCUCGUCCAGGCUCUGCAAGAGGGCCAUCGAUUGGACGGCCGCGAGUUUGAGCAAUUCAGAAAGCUGGAGCUCACUUUCGGAGACCAAUAUGGAGUCGCAGACGUCACCCUGGGCAAGACGAGGGUACUCGCCAAGGUGUCUGCCGAAGUCACAGUGCCUUACACCGACCGCCCAUUCGAUGGCAUCUUCACAAUCACUACCGAGCUCAGUCCCAUGGCGUCCCCGGCCUUCGAAGUGAACAGACCUACAGAGACUGAAGUCCUGCUCUCGAGACUACUGGAGAAGACAGUGCGGCGAUCGAAUGCCCUGGAUACCGAGUCGCUCUGUCUUGUGGCAGGUCAAAAAGUGUGGUCGAUAAGAGUAGAUCUGCACGUCCUAUCGCAUGACGGAAACCUGAUCGAUGCAUCCUGCCUCGCAGUCGUCGCAGCAUUACGCCACUUCAGAAAACCUGACACGAGCAUGGAGGGAGAGACCUUGACGGUAUUUACACCUGCCGAGAGGGAGCCCGUGGCCCUGUCGUGGCUACACACCCCGUUGUGUGUCACAUUCAGCUUCUUCGGCGAGGAUGCCGACAUGGUGCUGCUGGAUGCCACACUGCUGGAGGAGCAGUUGCGAGUGAGCAGCUGCACCAUCAGCCUCAACAAGCACGGAGAGAUAUGCCAAGUCUCCAAGCUUGGAGGCGCCCCUGUCGAGGCUGUCUCGUUGGUACAAUGCGCCAGCACUGCCAUGCAACAGGUCAAGACCUUGUCGACUUUCCUGGACCAGAGGCUGGCUGAAGACUCGAAACGGAGGGACAAAGGCGGACUUUUGGCAGAACUGUCAGCAGAGAAUGAGAGGUAG